AAAGUGAAGAAAAUAACCAGAGUGAAGGAAAACACCAAGUCAGGAAAUUACACAGCAAGCAUGUGCUUUUGUUCGACGCGUAGCGGCUUUGCGUGCUUUGUUUAAAUAGGUUGGGGAUAUCAGAGGAGUGGGAAUGACUGACACUCCGCCCAGUGAUGGACCCUCCCAGGGAGCAGAGUUUGACAUGAUGGGUGCUCUGGACUGGAAGGAUGGUAUUGCCACAUUGCCAGGGAGUGACAUCAGGUUUCGCAUGACAGAGUUUGGUACUCUGGAGAUUGUCACAGACCUCGAGGUCAAAGGACAGGAGGCAGAGCCUAAAUGUGAGACCUUGGACCCAGCACCCUCUCACAGUCCCACCCCUCCACCAGAGGGCCAAUCACAGGCUGGCACAGCCACAGUUCCAUCCAGUCAGAGUCAGUCAGGAUCAUCUAAAAGUAAAGAUGAAGGCCCCAGUACAGAGGGCCCCAGUGUGGAGAUUGGCCCAAGCGUUGAAGUUGGCUCCAGUGGUGUCAUGGGCCCAAACAGGGGUCUGGCAAGAUGCAGGGCCUGUGGUGGGCAUGCUCCCCGGGAUGCCCUCCUUCAGGGCAAGUUCUGUAGCUCCAUUUGUGCCCAGCCCUCCAGUGGCAGAUCAUCUCCAGGGGAAGCACGAGAGAGUCAGGCAGUUGAAGGUGAGAGGCUGGGUAAACGUGUGCGCAAAAAGAGGAAGAUCUAUAUGGAUUCUGGUGAUGAAGAGGAAGAUAAUCAGGAGGAACCAGAGGAAAAAGCCAAGACGACCAAAGGCAGGAGAGGUCCCAAAAUUGCCAAACUUGUGGCCACUGCACCCAAUAAAAAGCGUGCGUGGAGCUGGCCUGCUUAUCUGGAAGAGGAGAGGGCUGUUGCUGCUCCCGUCAAACUAUUCAAAGAGCAUCAGUCAUUUCCUCAAAGCAGAAACAGUUUUAAGGUGGGAAUGAAGCUGGAGGGGCUGGACCCGUGUCACCCGUCUCUGUUCUGUGUGCUCACUGUCGCAGAGAUUCAAGGCUAUAGGGUACGACUUCACUUCGAUGGUUACCCAGAAUGCUACGACUUCUGGGCCAACGCCGACUCAUGGGACAUGAAACCUGCAGGCUGGUGUGAGAAGAAUGGACAUAAGUUAUUGUUGCCUAAAGGUUGUAAGGAUGGAGAGUUUAAUUGGAGCAUGUAUGUGAAGAACUGCAGGGGUCAACUGGCCCCCAAACACCUUUUCAAGAGCCUCAACACAUCUGUGACUCCGUCUGGAUUUCGAGCAGGGAUGAAGCUGGAGGCAGUUGACCGCAAGAACCCGUCGCUGAUCUGUGUUGCAACCAUCGCAGCUGUCGUGGACAACAGACUGCUUAUUCAUUUUGACAACUGGGAUGACACAUAUGAUUAUUGGUGUGAUGCUAGCAGUCCGUACAUCCAUCCUGUGGGUUUCUGUGAAGAGGCCGAGCUGACUCUGACCACUCCAGCUGGUAAGACACAGACCAAGACACACGUGGAAUAUAAACAGCCUAAGAGCUUCUCCUGGGAGAAAUAUCUGGAAGAGACGGGCACACAGGCUGCUCCUGCUCGGGCUUUCAAACCCCGGCCUCCGCACGGCUUCCAGUUUGGGAUGAAAUUGGAAGCUGUGGACAAAAGGAACCCCAUGCUCAUCCGUGUUACAACUAUAGCAGACACUGAGGACCACCGACUGAAGAUCCACUUUGAUGGCUGGAGUUCAGAGUACGACUACUGGGUGGAGACAGACUGCCCUGAUCUGCACCCUGUAGGGUGGUGUCAGAAAACUGGACACCCUCUUCAAUACCCUAACGGCUCUAGUGAGGUAUUGACUGCCCCAGGACAAGGAUGUCCUACCCCAGGAUGCAACGGGGUCGGCCACAUCAGAGGACCUCGCUAUGGGACCCACUACACUCAGGUGAGCUGUCCCUACUCGGAGAUGAAUCUGAACAAAGAGGGUUUGCUGCCAGACCGUCUCAGUGGAGAGCGACCUCUCGCCAUCAGUGGACCUCAUCCCCGCGGGCGACGCCCCGACCCUCACACAAACACUACGACACCGACCUCUUCAACGCCAGAUCAGCCUGAAGGAGCUGAAGAGUCCCAGAACAGGAAACCGGUGACCGUGGAAGCUGAGCGUUCAGGACGCAACAGUCAGCCAGAUCCACCAAGUGGCGCCAGUGAGCAAAGCCAAAAUGGAACCAGACCUAAAAGGACUGCUCCGGUUCCCAAAUACCUGAAAAUGCACUAUGUCAAAGAGGAGAUUGGCGAUGGUAAAGCCUCUCCAGACACCAUCUCUCUCCAGCAGGCCCUCCACGAGUCUGUUUUCUCCCCUGGCAUCUCUGCCUCCCCCCCUCACCGGGUGGCUCUCUGCUGGGACAAACACUGCCAGCUGCUGCCUGAGGUCCUGGGGCUGACUGCCAAGAGAGUGGCCACAUGGAGCGCUGAGGAGGUGGCUGGUUUUGUCAAAGGACUCCCAGGAUGUAAAGAACAUGCUGCUACAUUUAAAACAGAGCAAAUAGAUGGCGAAGCCUUCCUGCUACUCACCCAGGCGGACAUCGUUAAAAUCCUGUCCGUCAAGUUGGGUCCGGCCCUGAAGAUCUACAACUCCAUCCUCAUGCUGAAGAACGCCGACGAAGAGUAAGACCCGACUCCUCGGGUUCAUCAACACUCCGCUAAAGACGUUUGACAAAAUCAGCCAGAACGGGUUUCAUGUCGUCGAGCUCUGUGACGGGACUGCCACACGAGAGAAACAAGUGGAAGUCGUCAACUCUGAAACGUCCCUCUCUUCAUCUCCUCUGUUCUCCUCUCUCCAUGAUGGACAGAGUUUUACACGACACCAUGUGGAUUCCUUAACUUAUAUCGUGUUUGUUUACUCAAUCAUUAAAAAAAAAAACUACAGGCACCUUCAAGGCUUCUUAGCAUUGUACAGUAUGUGAAUUGGGUUUAGUGUCACUAUUGUUUCUUUUCCCUUUUUUUAUUGAGAGUGUAAUGAGAUAGUGCUUGCGCUCAGAGCAGAUGGAACAAGUGUGUUUGUUGCUUCUACUCAGCAACAGAUCUUUGUCUUUUUUUUUUUUUUUUAACUGCCAAAUACAAUCGUGAGGUGGCGAGAGAGAGAGAGGUUUUCUUUUAAAAAAUGUAUGUGAAACCCAGGGGAGCAGAAAGCACUAUGUAGUUCAGACUUUCUCCUGUAGAUGGAGAGAAUGGGCUGCCACACGGGCCCAGAGGCAGCAGAGAGUUUUGUUCAUGUGGAGUUGGCUGAAGCUUGCGUUGAAUGGAAGAUUGGAAAAAAAGUGUGUGUGUGAGAAAUGAGGGUGUAAUAUGUGACAAGCAGGGCUAAGGGCUAAUUGUUAAAUCAAGGAAACUUGCUUCUUUUUUUUUAAGGUGGAACGAGACAAUAAACCAGCUCUGGUCUUCUGGUUGUUUUUGAUGGAAACGGCAAACGAAUAUGAAUGUUUAAAAAAAACAAAAAAACAGCUUUUAGUUGUUUUGUUAUCAUUUCCUUGACUCCUUAUCUUGUUUGUUUCAAAUAACCUCCUGUGAUUCACUCUGUAAAUAGUAUACAGCUACAAAAGGACUGUCCUCGCUCCCUAACAGAUUUUACUCCUGCUCGGUUAUGCAAAGGCUUGACAUCUGUCGACAGGAAAGGACAUUGUGACAGUGAACUGAAAAAACGAGCCUCAAUUCAUACAUAGAUUUUGAGAAAAAGAAAAAGAAAACAUUGUUAGUGUCUUUGUAAAUCAGUGUGUGCUUCAACAAGUCGGAAUGUGUACAUCAGCAACUGUUUAUAUGCAAACAGCUUUUAUUUAUGUAUUCUAAUUUAAGGGGUUAAUGGUACCCCGUUUUGACUCAAAGAUAGCUGUGGCUGUUUGGUGGUGUGUGAAUGGGUGAAAUAAAUGAG